AAAUAAAAAAAUAAAAAAAAUAAAGAGAGAGGGAACUAAUUAGAAAAAAAAAAAUGAUAAAGCUAAGGCCAAAAAUGUUCUCUCGGAGCAGCUCCAAGCCAAGUGUCGCCGGCGGCAAUGGUGGUGACGCCGCCAAUACAGGCGGCAGAGCCACCGCCGAGAUUAAAUGGGAAGUAAGGCCAGGUGGCAUGCUCGUCCAGAAAAGAGAGUCGAAUAAUAAUGAAGAAGGGGUUAUUACUAUUAGAAUCUCCACCGUCUCAAAAUGGCAUGAUAUUUCAAUUCAACCAACUUCAACAUUUGGAGAAUUGAAGGUAUUGUUGUCGUUGUUGACAAAUUUGGGGCCCAAAGAGCAAAGGCUAUUGUUCAAAGGAAAAGAAAGGGAAGAUCAUGAACACCUGCACAUGGUUGGAGUUAAGGACAAAGACAAGGUUCUCAUGUUGGAGGAUCCGGCCGUCAAAGAGAAGAAGCUCCGCGGGCUGGCCCGACCCGAAUUCAUCGGACCGCAUAAUUAUCGUACCAUUAGUGCUAAUUAAUUUAUGCAAUAUUUUUAAUCAAGCGUAAUUAAUUGGUAGAUUAAUGUUUUAGCAGUCUAAUGAUUUGAUAUUUGCUUAUGAAAUGUGGUGAGGCAAAUAUCAAUUCAUCAACUUGCUGACUUAAUUAGGUGAGAAUCAUUUUUUUUUUUUCGAAGAGUACUUUUGAAUUAAUUAUGAGAAUUGUUAUAUAUUUUUGACAAUAUGUUUAUUUUUCUUUUUAAUUCAUCCCUGUCAAAAGUCACUAAAGUAUAUAUGUAG